UGUCCCUUUUUGCACCUUUUUCUUCUUGCUCCCUCUCCUACCCCCUUAUGUCUCAACUUCCCUUUACUCAACUCUCUCUCCCUUUCUCUCACCUAAAAUCUCUCCCUCUCACCACCCCCACCUCCACAAAAGAAAAAAAGGGAUUGUACUCCUCAAAAUUGGUAUAUAGUAACUGUAUAUACACAAAAUCAUGUGCUUUCAAGAAUGUCAUUAUGGUUAGUUGGUUUGACAUGCCAUGGUUUGUCCUCUGUUUCAAACGACGGUAAGAGCAAAAUUUGAUAGAACAAGAGAAGAAGAUAAGUAAGAAACUUUGGCACAAUGAAUAGGAGGAUUCUCAGGAGAUUUUACGUAUUCAUUCUACUCGGCUGUUUUUUUAUCUGUUCAGGUUUAAAUGCUACACACAUAGGAUUGGUAGAACAGAAUUCUAAGACCAUUUCCAGAAUUCAAAAGGACAUAACAACUCCAAUAACAACAGUUCCAAUUGGAACUCCGACCACCACCACACCUAUUACAACAAUCCCAGUACUGAAUCCAACAAUCUCAGAUCCUGAUUCAACGACUAGCGGUCCAGCCAAUCCGGUAAUGACUCCAUCCGUUACCAAUUCACCGGGAUCUUCAUUAUCGGGCUCGAGCUGGUGUGUUGCUAGCCAAGCUGCCUCACAAACAGCAUUGCAAGUUGCAUUAGACUAUGCUUGUGGCUAUGGUGGUUCUGAUUGUUCUGCCAUUCAGCCUGGUGGCAGCUGCUACAACCCCAACACGCUCCGCAAUCACGCUUCCUUUGCAUUCAACAGCUACUAUCAGAAAAAUCCAAUUCCUAAUAGCUGUAAUUUUGCUGGUGCUGCUAUUACUACAAACACCGAUCCCAGUAGUGGUUCAUGUCAAUAUCCAUCAACAAGCACAAGUGCAUCCAUUUUGAAUACAACAAAUUCAAGUGGUUCGACAGUAUUUGGUGCUGGGCCUAUUACACCUUCUACUUCAGCAGCUGUCCCUCCAAAUAAGUUCCUGAAUUACUACUGCCACAUCUUAACAUGUUUUGUCAUACUGCUAAUAUACCAUGGUUGUUGAAGCCAAUUUUAUUUCUUGGCAAUUGUGGAGGAGACAAGCUUUUUUGACAGGAUUAUACAGAUUGGGAAAAUGGUGUGACGAGUACUGAUGUCAAAUUGAAUUAAUUGUUUCUUUUUAAAUCAAUUUUGCCAAUAUGACAUCUUGCAUUUAGGGAGAAAAAAAGAUUUGUGUGUAGAGCUACUGGAUUUGUAGUGUUGAUACUAUGCUUUCUUGUAGGUUUUGUAAAAGCAUAUAACACUAGUAGUAGUUAUGUGGAUAAAAGAACAAGAUACGUAUAGUCCUUUUUGUUUUGCUGUAGAAAAGCUGAGAAAUGAAUCUUGCUUGGGAAUUGUGUUAAA